GUGAAUGUCUCCUGCCUGCCGCAGUGAGAGAAUUACCCUCACUUCUCUCUAUUUCUCCCGGGAGUGACGUCGUUAGGCAGUACUUAGUGGCGGAGUAGCGGUGGUUUUGCCUGGGGGCCUCGACUAUGAUCAGAUCAGAUGAGCCCCUCUGAAUCCUGUUACACUCUGGCUUAGAGAAGACAGUGGAGAGAAGAAGAGGGAGUCAGAGUUCCAUGUGGCUAUCUUCCAUCAACCCCCCUGCCCAUUCCCCUCCAGGAAAAAGGAGUCAGUUGCAGAGUGGAGGAAAACACAAGACUGUGAAAGAAAACAAGAAAACGUCAAAAGACUCGUCUUGAAGGAGGGAGAGAAACACAAACUGGGCGAGAGGAGGGGCUGCCUCAGCCAUGGGCAAACAGAACAGCAUGCUACGGCCGGAGGUGCUGAAUGACCUGCGCGAGAACACAGAGUUCACUGACCACGAGCUCCAGGAGUGGUACAGAGGCUUCCUAAAAGACGGCCCCACGGGUCACCUGACUGUGAAUGAGUUCACGAAGAUCUAUGCCAACUUCUUCCCGUACGGGGACGCCUCCAAAUUUUCCGAGCACGUCUUCCGCACGUUCGACACCAACGCAGACGGGACGAUAGACUUCCGGGAGUUCAUCAUCGCGCUGAGCGUAACGUCACGAGGCAAGCUGGAGCAGAAGCUCAAGUGGGCCUUCAGCAUGUACGACCUGGAUGGGAACGGAUACAUCAGCCGCGCGGAGAUGCUGGAGAUCGUACAGGCCAUCUACAAAAUGGUGUCCUCGGUCAUGAAGAUGCCAGAAGACGAGUCCACACCUGAGAAGAGGACAGACAAGAUCUUCAGACAGAUGGACUCAAACAACGAUGGUAGGCUGUCCCUGGAGGAAUUCAUCAAAGGUGCCAAGAGUGACCCGUCAAUAGUCCGCCUGUUACAGUGUGACCCCAGCAGUGCCAGUCAGUUCUGAACACACACACACACACUACUUUUAAGCCCACUGUCACACUGACUAAUAUUAUAUAAAUAUUGUAAUUAUCAUCACUGUUUUUUUGAAGAGGGUUUGAUUUGUACUUUGACAGUUCCAUUUCAAUCCAUAGGAGGAUGUUUAUAAAAUGUAAUCAUUUUCACAUUGUAUUUCACUGUAAACGUAAUAUGUGUCCACAUGUUUUGGUCCAUAAGUAUGUUUUAGUAUCCUGAUAGUGUUUGUUGUGCAACAAUGACAUCUAGAAUGAAGUGAAGUAUUGCAUAUGCUGUAUCAAGCCCCUGAGAAAGGCCCAAGCCCCUGAGAAAGGCCCAAGCCCCUGAGAAGGGCCCAAGCCCCUGAGAAAGGCCCAAGCCCCUGAGAAAGGCCCAAGCCCCUGAGAAAGGCCCAAGCCCCUGAGAAAGGCCCAAGCCCCUGAGAAAGACCCAAGGCCCAGAGA